GGUGGUGCAUCCUAGGCAUAUGAGUAGAUCACAGAACAAAAAUGGCGGGUGACAAGGAUCCUUUCAAGCAGAUGAAGGAUCUCAACCAGCUCAAGAAUCAACUGGAAGAUAUCCAGAAGCGUGUGGAGACCGAAUUUGCAGCAGGAAUUCCACAGGGGGGCUCUGUGCUGGCAUCUCCCUUUUUGAAGGGGUUCCUGGCCGGGUACGUGGUGGCCAAGCUCCGCUCCUCAGCUAUCAUAGGAGUGCUACUAGGAACAUUGACAGGCAUCUAUGCUGCACAGAACUAUCAGGUGCCCAACAUUGACAGCACUCUGAAGGACUAUAUGAGUUUGUUUCGAAAAGGACCAAAGUAAUGGGAAGAACCAGGCCUAGGCGUCAUCUUCUAACUGCCUGAGGUUAAGGACACAACCACCACUUCUGUAGAUGCUCCCUUUUCAGAGGCUCUCUAUUGUGUAUACAGCACAAAGAAAAUGUUGAUUUUGACGUGUCCGUUGAGGGGUCCAGUGUGAAAGCCUCGGUUUGUUUUGGGUUUUGUUCAAAGGUUAAAGCGUAAAUCUACAUUCAGUUCCCUGGGAACAUCUGCUAUUCUCUCUGCUGAUCCCUGUGAAUCAGAUUAUAAAGUGUGUAAAAGGUGAUAAGGUUCUGUUCUUUGAGUGUAAGGUUACAUUGCAGGGAUAUUUGACUGCUUGCCUUAGUAAAGUUGCCAAGUACAGCAG